ACGUCUCUGCCGUCAGUCACCGUGAGACGGGGCUCCGUCUGCCGCCUGGCGGAGCGCGGCGAUUGGCCAACAGCUGGCCGCGAGUCGUGGCGGCGCGUCGCGAUUGGCCGACGGCCGCUGAUGAGGCGGGAUCAUUUCAGCUGCGACUGUCAAGAUUGGCAAAGCGCUGGCGCUGCUGCGUGCAGGUAGAGAAGGAAAAAAAAAAGAAAAGAAAGAAGGAGCCAGCGACACGAAAACAGAAAACAGUUAUCCCGGCGGAGAGCGAGCAGUGCGAUGGGAGCAGACCGUCCGCUGGAGCCUCGUCGUGCGGCAGAGAAAGGAACGCGAGGUAUUUAAAAGUCGGCGAAGAGGAGGAAGGGCAGAAGCGCAACACCUUUCGGGCGCCUCGCGAAGAAAAAAAGUGCCGUUGUGUCAACCGUCGCCCCUCGGACAGCUGCGCGUGCUCCGCGAGCCACCAACAAAGAAUGAAAGCGUUCAAACGAGCCCUGGAAAACGAGCAUGGCCCCGAGCAGGAGCACUCCUCGGCUGUGUCGGACAGCGAUGACGGCUCCCCACUCGACCUGUCAGGAAGGGGGCUCCUCGGGAAGCGCCGUCGCCGGGGCAACCUGCCGAAGGAGGCGGUGCAGAUUCUGCGGAGCUGGCUGUACGAGCACCGCUUCAACGCCUACCCGUCGGAGCAGGAGAAACUCAGUCUGUCGGGCCAGACCAACCUCUCUGUGCUGCAGAUCUGCAACUGGUUCAUCAAUGCGCGUCGCCGCCUCCUCCCUGACCUGCUUCGCAAGGAUGGAAAAGACCCCACCAAGUUCACCAUCUCCCGGAAGGUUGGUGGUAAACAUGAAGGCUCGUCUAAUGGAGGUGGAGCAAACUCUCCAGAAAGGAACUCUUCCCCCGGUUCAUCUCAGCAGCGCCCGUCUGUGAUCCGCUCCGGCCCCACGCUGGACCUCAGUCUUCUUGGGAACACGGCAACGGCGAUUCUGAUGGGAGCGGGCUUCCCGGGGAAAGAGGGAUCAGUCCAGGCCCUCAUGAGGCUGGAUACACAAAGUUUGCUGAGGGAAGCGGAGGAGCAAGGACACACAGCAUGUCUCAGCAUAUCAAUGGCAGCAAGUCACACCAGUGGCCUCUUCAACACGCCUCCCCCCACUCCUCCUGAGCUAUUCCCCACCCAGGACUUCAGCGACUUGAGGCUCCUUGUCGACGCAGCUCUGCAGAGGGCGGCAGAGCAAGAGAACCUGAAGAGACUCCAGGAGAGUCAGGACAAACCAACCGAGGCUGUAAAGACUGAACAAGUGGAAGCACAAUGCAGUGCUUACAGCAGUGACAUGGGCUCCACGCCGCCUCCAGAAGACAGCCAACAAGUCAUGGAUGCCUCCAGGGUACAGAGUCUGAUGGAGAAGGCUAUGGCAGUUCCAGUGUCGGCUGUAACUUCGGUGAAGGCUCCAGGGGAGCUGUCCUCAGCAGCCCCUCCGCUACUUCCAGCUCCUGUCUUGGUCUCAGCCAAGAGGCUGUCUCCUCUCCCGAUGAACAAAGCCAUCUGGAGCCCCUUGGAGAAGGACACAGCCAGAGCCUCCAGCCCAAACCAGCCUCCGCUCCUCCCGGCCCAUCUGCCAACCUUAAUGCCGCUGUCAGCUUCUGUCUUCGGACAGCUGGAUUCUCAGAAAGAAGCUGCUGCUCCAGCCAUCACCCCAGCUUCCACAUCGGCUCCAGCUUCAAGCUCAGCUCCCGUUCUGCUGCCCCCCUCUGUAAGUGCUACAAGGCCAGUCUCUGUGCCAUCACCGGUCUUUGUCCCAUUCAUAAGCCCCACCCCUGUCGCCGCUUCGAGUCGGGCUUCAUCCCCAACUAUAGCGCUCGUUCCAGCAGCUCCUUCUGCAGCCAUUACCUCUCUCACAUCCCCCCGAGGAGUCCCACUUUACCUGCCGUUCCACAAAACCCCUUUAAUCCCCGUCACUGUCCCUUGUCCGUCAACGGUUUCAGCCCCAGUGUCGUCUCUAGUCCCCGUUCCAUCCCCAGUCGCCGCCCCCAUGUCCUCCACCUCUCCAACGAUCACACCUCUCGCAGGACUCACCUCCCAACUCUCUCCUCCUCUUCAGCCCUCUUCCACAAGCGGCAUCAGCAGCAUUAGCAGUAACACCCAGAGGAAUUCAGCGGUAGCGCCCAGUGUUUGGAGCAUGGUUCAUGCUGACACCAGGCAAGCCACUUCUCUUCAAGUGGUAAAGGCCCCCAUCGCCACAGGGUGGGGCCCACAGCACAGUCUGCACACAGUGAGUGAAACUGUUAACUAGGAGCUGCAACUGGGCAGGAACCUUUUUUAUAUAUAUCUAUAUCUAUAUAUAUAUAUAGAUAUAGAUAUGAGGGGAACAGAGGCCUGGACAAGACUGUAUAUAGGAGAAUGUAUCUUCUUCACCAGUGCUUUUUGACUUUGGAGCCUGUGCCUGCAAAAUACACAGCAAUGAAUUGGAUGUGCGAACUGAGACAAAGUGAAGUAUUCGACAAGAGGUAUUUUAGAGACUUUUAUUGUUUUAAUAUGCUGUUUUCAAUGGACGCCGUCGCUCGUAAGAACACCGUGGCGCCAGUGCAGAGCAGACAAAUGUAAUGUGCAAACUUUUUGAUGCCAUUUUUUUCAAGCCCCCUUCCAAGUUCCAAUUUAUGAAAGAGGAGGGAUAUAUCCCGUAAUUGUACAAAAUUUAAAUUGGUGUAAUUACCAGCACCAGCAGAUUUGACCUCCUAAGUAACAGUACUGGACUUUGUUGAAUGUACAAAAGGCACUGACCUCAAUGGUUCGGCCGCCUCUCACUCAUUCCCAUCCAGGACACAAAGGAGGACGUUAGGGUUUUUCCUGUGUACAGCAACAUCUUCAUAGCUCUCUAUAGUUGUGCAAUUCCAAUUUAGUCUUUUCUUAAUUCACUACAUUUCUUUUUUCUUUUUUGUGUUGGUGAUGAGCCGAAGAGAAAUUGAUUGUACUGCAGCAAGUCUAGCGACUCCCCCCCCGUCGCCUGUUUCUCUUUAGUAGCCAAGGCGAUUCAUCGGUUAUCAUGGAUUAAAUCUCAACCACUUGUGCUCAAACACCAACAUCUUGAUUUUUUUUUUGUCAUUUCAUUUUCAAAAGCAUAAUUGAACAAAUAACAGUAUUUUCUCUGUAUUUGUUGAAAUGUCUGUUACUUGUGUGUGACCUUGCUUGUUGUUGGGGGGGCGUAUAGGAUGUAGGGGAGAUGGUCACAUUGGAUCUGUUACAGAAAUCAAUUCUAGUGAGCGGUGAGCAGCUCGAUGAUCUGAUGACCUCGAGCUCUUACACCUCCUGAAAUGAAACGCUACACUUGCUGCGAGACAAUCCACUUUCUUUUUAUCUUUGAUCUUUUGUGGUGGAUCCUCUUAUUGGGAGGAAACAUUAAACAGUUUUCCCUCUCAAUCUGGCGCUGUAGGAUUGAGUCAAUGUCAAACCUGGAUGUCUUAAUAGCAGUAAAGCAAAAUGUACUGAAGUAGCGGAUAUGGUUUACGUCUCUUUUCCAGGAAGGUGCAACAGCAUAGGAGGCCCCCCCCCAUCAUCAUGUUUGUGUUUAGAAAUGGGUUCUUUAGAAUUUCUAAUCAUUCCUGAAGCUGUAGUUUCUAUGAAACUGUCUUAGCACGAACCACAACAUAUGUCUGAUGGCCAGCUGUACAUCCAUUAACUGUAGCAUAAUGUGGAAUAGUCCGGGUUCCCAUGUGAAUAAAUACUGUAGCAGAAUUCUCCUGUUGACCAGAGUUGCUGAGCCUCUGGUCGGAUCGGACCGUUACAUUUUGCAUGUGCACGGACCCAGCAUCUAAUGUGAGGUCGAAACACUGCUGAGCACUGACCCCAGCAAAUGUGUUCACGGCAGAUAUGGAAACUUUCUCUUCUUGUUCACAAUGUCUUUUCUCGCUGCCAGUUAUCAUCCGUACAUGUCGGUGGAGUAUUGUCUUUAUUAUGACUAUUUUUGUUACAGGUACUCACUAGACGUGAUGUGCAUUUAUACCUCAAUUUUACAUAGGUCAUGUCAGGUUUAGGUCACAUGGGUAAUAUUUCUAUUAUUCAUACUUCAUCGUGCCACUGUGACAACACCUAAUCAGUUGUGAUGCUGGAAUGGGAACGGCUAACUAAAGAUUAGGAAGGCAGGUUUUAUAUAGUUAUGGUUUGUAUUGGGUUUUAGGUCCGAACUGACGCUCCAAUCAGAGCCGUGCAUGUAAAUAUAUUCAAGGUCAUGUUUUUUUUGUAUGUAUUGGCAUGAACUUUAUCUCAAACUGUAGUUUUUUUCACAGCCAGAUUUUUUUCAAAGUUCAUGUUGUGUAUCAUGACUGACCGUUGAACCAACUGGCUGCUGUGCCUUAAUACGACUGAGGGAUGAUGAUGAUGAUGAUGUCCCCUUUUUAUAUAUAUAUAUAUAUAUAUAUAUAUAUAUAUAAAAAGAUAGUCGUGCAAUAUAUGCCUUAAACUUUAAAUGUGUGUUUUGUAUAAGCAUUUCAAAGAAUAAAAGUUCAGUUUUUCAUAA